AUGUGGCGCAGGUCGAGUCCGAAGUUAUAUCGACGAGCAUUUCGCAACGCCGCUCCGAAAUCCAUCUGUUAUCGCCGGGUAAUUUACUUCUACACGAAAACGAUGUGGUCCGAGUUGGUUGGUCUGGUGGCAGUCAGCGUUCUUGACAUCAAGUGCAAUUUCUUAAUCCAUGCAAUCGCCUAUUCUCUCUGGAUAAUCUCUUUCAACUUUAACAUGCUCUUCAACACCAUUCUUCAUCACUAUGGUGGUAUCCGUGAAACAUCGCAAAAGUACGAGGUCAUCUGGCGUAUCAAGGUGUUCAUGUUCGUCACCGGCCUGAUUCUCUCCCUUUCCACUGCCGUCUCUUAUCCGAUUUUCCUCGCCUACUGCAUCAAAGACGCCUACAUCGCGUUUUCCAUUGCUGAGUACAUCCUCGUUGGCUACAAUUCCUUCUUCUACUGCCUCUCAUACUGGGAAUUCCCGAGGUGUCGACUAACCCUCGGCGUUUUCGAGGCUCCGAAGAAGUCAAAAUCGCCUUGCUAUACGGUAUCCACCGUCAGUAGCAUGGUAAAACUGCCGCUCUGA